ACGAUAGAACGUAACUUCUACGUAGACGACUGCUUGAAGUCUGUGCCAGACGUAGAUUCAGCUGUGAAGCUAACCGAGUCGCUCCGCUCAGCAUGCCGGAAGGGGGGUUUUCACCUCACGAAGUUCGUUUCGAAUGACAAGUCAGUCAUGGAACACAUCCCAGAAGAAGACAGAGCAGUAGAAGCAGCCAGUAAAAGCUUACUGGAGACGGACUCAGCCGAAAAACGUGUUCUAGGUAUCCUCUGGAAUGUCUCAUCAGACACGAUCGGAGUUCAAGUUCAGGACAUGAGAAAACCUGCAACAAGAAGAGGCAUCUUAUCGGCAACCAGCUCGCUCUUUGACCCUCUGGGGUUCGUAGCACCCGUUCUGAUGGCUCCGAAGAUCCUGUUACAGCAGCUCUGUCAGCUGGACCUGGGAUGGGACGACCCCAUUCCUCAGCACCUGGAACAGAAGUGGAUAGAGUGGACGCAGGCUCUUCAUCACCUUCAGGACUUCAAGAUAAGACGGUGUUACAAGCCCCCAGGCUUCAAGGCCAUCACUUCCUGCCAGGCUCACUAUUUUGCCGAUGCAAGUGAGACAGGAUACGGCGCAGUAGCCUACUUGCGGAUGACAGAUAUCGAAGGGAAGACCCACUGCUCAUUCUUGGCUGGAAAGGCAAGAGUAACACCCUUGAAGACUGUCACGAUUCCACGCCUCGAGCUGACAGCUGCCACGGUAGCAGUACGUCUAGACGCACAGCUCAAGAGGGAGCUAGAAGUAGCUGUAGACAGCACUACAUUCUGGACGGACAGCUCUACCGUUCUCCGUUACAUCAAGAACAGAACUAGCCGUUUUCAUACAUACGUGGCCAACAGAGUCCAGGUCAUACAGCAGCACUCAGACCCAGGUCAGUGGCGAUUCGUCGAUGGCAAGUCGAAUCCGGCUGAUGAAGCCUCCCGUGGGGUUUCUGUGGAGAAGUUUCUCCAUCGUUCGAGAUGGACAUCAGCACCGGAGUUCCUGUGGAAAAAAGAAGAGCACUGGCCUGUGGAUCUGAACUUACCUGUCCAACUGGACCAGAAUGACGCAGAAGUGAAGCGACCUGCGAUAGUUUCGGUCACAAGCACCUCAGAGAAGAACCCCACAGACAGACUUCUACUGCAGUACUCAUCAUGGUACCGACUGAAGCGAGCGGUGGCGUUCUUCCUGCGGCUGAGACGCCUCCUAAAGGCCAAGGCAGAGCGGGCGCUCUCGGCUCUGCAGACGAGGACAGCAGCACACGACGGGAGCAGAUCGAGUGCCUCGAGUACAUCGGCCAACGAAAAGAAGCCGAACAAGAAGGGGACAGCUGCUCGUGCUGAUCAGCCGACCACACCAGCUCUCCUGUCUGUGGAAGAAAUUGACGACGCAGAGACGGCCGUGAUCAGCUAUGUUCAAUCACAAAGCUACAAAGAAGAAAUAAGCAGACUGAGAGGGAUGCAAAAUGUCAAGUGCUCCAGCCCGAUAAGCCGCCUCGAUCCCGUUCUAGACCAGAACGUGUUACGAGUCGGAGGGCGUCUCGGUCGGUCUACACAAGCAUUUGAAAGCAAGCAUCCGGCUAUUAUGCCGGCCAAGUCACACGUAACGGAUCUCGACCUUCUGACGCCCAACCAUCUUCUUCUCCUUCGAGCCGGUCCUCGCCUACCGCCUGGUGCGUUUAGCGACAGCGACAACUACACCAGAAGAAGAUGGCGGCAGGUUCAGCACCUGGCAACAGAGUUCUGGAGAAGAUGGAGCCAAGAAUAUCUGCAGACUCUGCAGCACAGGCAGAAGUGGACGAAGGAAGAAAGAAACCUACAAGUCGGAGACGUUGGUUAUCAUCGCAGACAAGAACGCUCCUAGGAGCACAUGGAGCAUCGGGCGCGUGACACGCGUCUUUCCAGAUGCGGGCGGAGCCGUUCGUGCGGCGGACGUGCAGACGAAAAGCACAGUGCUGAAGCGUCCGGUGACUAAGCUGGUUCUCCUCGCGGAAGCAGGAGAAUAACAACCGUCGAAGCGAACACUAAGUGACGCUCGGGCUAACGUGCGCCGACGGGGGCGGGGGUGUAGAUGCCGUUUCUAUGUCGGCGGCGUCAUUCGUGACGGGCACGAGCUACACCAAAUAAAAUUUUGCUGAAGUAGAAAAGUAGGACAGAAAUAAUUUUAAACAAGUAAAAUAGGUUUAGAACAAAGGUUUUGAAAAUAAGUAUCGAAACCGCAAGGCAAGGAAGGAAGAAGUUAAGUGAUAUUUAAGUUUAAUUGGUGUAGAAUAAGAUAAGCCUUUCAUGUAGCCGCGGACCAAAAAUCGCUUUUGACGGUGGUUGUGGUUGAGAAUAUGUGCGUGAAAGAAGAAGAACCUGUGAGAAAGACGGUGAUAAGAACCGGUGUGAAGUGUGCUAUUUUGUGCCUGAGUUUAUAUUUUAUUUUAAUACCGAAAUAUUACGACAUCCCGAUCAACUUUAGUUUGAAAUAAAUCAGAGUAAAAUCACUCAGCUCAAGCCACCCGUAAAGCACUAUCCAGCGCCUACAAGUACCUUGGGAGAAAUGCCUCGCCCCGGUGCAUUGAUAAGUUGGACUGGACAUUUGUUCUCAAUCUGCAACCUACCGGGAUUUAUUCACCUAGUAAUCAGGACGUCACAUCUCAUUAUUAGAACUGGCGGGACAUCAACAUUCGAAUGUUGUUGUCAACAUUGUCCCGAUAUAUAGGGAAUUACGAGUUGUGAACUGAUCCCUAUAAAAGAAUCGAUUCACUUCAUAACUCCCAAAUCCCUUCAUAACAUUCUCAGCUUAAUUUGACGCAUUACUGUACUGUAUUAUUCGGGGACUUAAGCGUGCAUUUGUGCGCAGUGGUGAUCUUCUAGAGACUGUACCGACUGGAAUUUAGCGACCACUGUCCGUUUUAGAGACCGUACGGUCGGCGGCGGGCGUCCCCUCCCGAUCCUCGCCUGGGGCGGAGGCCGGAGACGCCGGGGAGGGGAGCGCGCGUCGCGCGCGCCCCCCUCCGCCGCAUUCCAUCCGUCCCAUUCACUGCCCGCUCGCGAUGUGCGGACGGCCGACGGGGGUGUCGAGUGUGUGCCGUGCGGUGUUGGUGUCGUCUGCCGUCUCCUCUUCCGACCUGAAGCAUUCGAGAAUCUCGGCUCACCAAUAAUAUGCGAUGCAAGGCUCGACGGGCGACAUCCUCGCUCAAGAUCAAGAUGUGUACGAGUAUAGCUGGAUGCAGACGGAACGGCGGCCUUGACAAUGGUGACAUGACGUGACGUCAACGGUGUGAUGAUGUGAUGUGACUGUGACGUGUGGAUGACUCGAAAAGUAAAGGGCUGUUGAUAUGUGUUCUCAGCUAAACAUUUUUUAUGAAUAC